CGUCUUUUGACUUCUCAACUCAUUUCACUUGCAUAAUCCUUCCAUCAAAGACAUAAUCCUUCAACAUGUCUUUUUCAAUCUUCCCCUUUAUGGCACUCCUCGCUCUGGUGUGCAUGACAUAUGCACAAGAAUACAUGGGGCCAGCCUCAUUUGCAUGGCCACUACCAAGAGCAUGGAACCGCACUCUUGACAAUAAUCCUCCUUGUGGAUUUUCAGACAUAGGAACUCGGUCCAAGUUCCCCAUGUACAACGGAUAUGUGGCCUUCGUCUCCCAAUACGAGACGCGAAAUCUUGAGGUGAAAGUCUCAUACAUGUGGAACCCCAAAUCGGUUGCCGACUUCGUCCCUCUCACACCGAGGCGUUUCCGCAAGUACGGUGUUGGCUACGCCUGUAUCAAAGUCCCCGACGCCCCUUCAGAUAUAGAUCCCGGAGCCAAUGCCACGUUCCAGCUACGAUUCGCCUCCGACUACGACUCUCCCUCACACCGGUCCUUCUUCGUCUGCGCAGACAUAACCUACGUCGAGCCAGAUGACAUUGACUACCCCUUCCCAUGCAUCAACACCACGGACCUGGAACUGGAACCGCUGCCGCCGGCUAAGAAGAAGAAGCCGGAGGAGCCAAAGCCCAUCGGCGACGAGUGGUCUCCAGGCGAAAAAAAGACUGGCCUUAGCAAGGGUGCAAUCGCCGGGAUUGCUAUUGGAUGCGCCGUUGCUGCUUCGGGAAUCGCCGUUUUCAUUACUCACCAAAUGAGGAAAUAUCGUGAGCGGGAAACGCAAGACAUGGUUCCGUGCACAUGGGUACCGGGGAGUUAUGGACUGCCAGAUGCAGUACCUGUGGAGGGCGUCUUUUUUUCAAGGCCCACUAGGAGAGAUUGAAGGAAAUAAAAGGAAGAAGAAGAAAAAGGAAAAGAAAAAAAAGACCAAAAAAAA